AUGAAUCCACAGGAACUUACUAUACAAAAUGUUAUAGAAUAUGUCAAUUCUAUUGUUGUUAAGAGUAAGCGGGCAGCUGCGCGUUGGCACAAUGUCCCGCAAACAACGCUGCAAGGCCGACGAGCAGGCCAACAACCACACGUAAUGGCUCACCAACACCAGCAGCGAUUGACACCAGAGCAAGAGCAAUUUCUAGUACCUCACUUUAUUGCCGGUAACCCACGCGUCGCAUCGAUAGUUGGCCGAACGAUCGAGAAUGCGCGUACUACUAGCGCCAACUACGAGACUCUAGACAUACAGUAUGAAGAUACAUGGAAUAUGGACGAGACUAGAGUCGUGCUAGAGGUAUGUACAAACACUAGAGUGCUUGCAAGCUCUUCAAAAAAGAAAGCUUAUGUCGCACUCUUUGGUGCGUGA